AUGUUAGCUGCUUCUCCUCCUCCGUCCAACGCUACAUCCCUGCUCUCAUACCUAGGUCUUCCAGACGACUACCAGCCGUCUCCCGAGACAAAUCCGGUGGACUUUUUGAGCAAACAUUACCGCCAGCUUCCCCCAAACUUGCUAAGCUACUUCUCGGCCAAUACUACCCCAAAGCAGCGAUCAGUCAUCUCAGCCAUCCGGAACAGACGGCUCCAGUAUACAACAUCAAACCCACCAGAGCUUAGUCUCACUUCGGCUAAGGCGACAUGGCCGACCCUGUGGCCCGGGCGUGAACCGCCUGGUCGCGAGCAAGGGGAGGAUGAACGAACCUGGGCAGAGCAAUUCUUCAUGGGCAGUCUGAAACCUCACGUCGGAAAACUGGGCAUGCUGCUCGGUGGAUACGAAGAGGAGCGCGAAGCUGAGCGCGUACGGACGCUUCGUAGAAAACAAGCAGAGGAGCUCGAGUCUUUGCCGGAGGAGGAUGAUAGCUCGGACGAGGAAGAGGAUGAAGAGCCUCCGGAAGAAGAGGAGCCGCCAGAAGAUGUCCAGGCGCUCUUCCUGCGCAAAAUACGGGAGCGCUUCAUCUACGGCUUCUUAGAGUCAAUAGACUAUGAUAAGGUGGAUUGGGAUGAGACAUGGGAUGCAUAUAACGACCGGGAUGUGGAAGAGCGAUGGUUCGAUGACGAAGAGGAGAGCAUCUCGAUGCCUCCCACCGUGCCUGAAUAG